AAGAAGUUGGAUAUGUUAGAAGGAAAUGAUAAUUCUGAACAAAAUUCAGAGGAAUACAGUAGUCAGAAGGAAUACAAUGAAGAGGAAUACAGUGAGAAGGAAUAUAGUGAUCAGGAGGAAUAUGAAGGUAUAGACGAUGAAGAAAGAACAUGCAUACGUUUACUUACAUUUGGUGCCUCAGGCAUGCUUACCAAUGCAGCCAAAGGAACUUCUAAAAUAACCAAUUUUUUUGGGCCUUCAACAUCAGCAUUACCAAUGUAUUCAGCAUUAUGGACAGCGUCCCCAAGGCAUUUAAUUUUGGCCAAAUUGAACUAUGAUGAGGAUGAAAGCGAGAAUAGUGAUGCUGAUGGAGGUGACGAUAAUAGUGAGGAAGCAUAUUUUGAACUUGGCGAUGCUGUCUAUGAAUAUUUUGUAAGGGUAUACAAUGGUCAUGAAAAAGUAAAAGCAAGUGAAGUUGCAGCAAACAUAGUUUACGUUAUCCCAAACCCAUACAAAUGUAAAAGAAUCUAUUUUCUGGGUAAUUUUUAUUUAUGUAAUGAAUCAUUUCCAAUAUCCCAUCAUGGCCAGCACCAAAAAUAUAAAUGGUUAGUUGAUGAUAAAGAUUUUAGACAAUAUGUCAAUCCUGUUAUUUUACCUGAGCAUAUGGGAGGGAUAAAAAAGUCAAUUAGCCUGAGAAUGGCUAAAAAAUGGUUGAAUAUUUUAGGUUGUCAGUUUAAAAAAUACCAGAAGGAAUGGUGGAUGGCAACAUAUGAAGAAAUAAAAAUGGAACAGAUUCCACCUGUACUUAGGGUAGAUGAACGAGAGUUAAUCCUUGUCACUUAUGAUGAGUGUAUCUUUUAUUCGUAUGAUGAAAAAAGAGGAAUUUGGGUAUAUAGUGGGAUAAUGCCAUUACGUAAAAAAGGGAGUGAAAAAUCAAUUAUAACAAUCAAACAUUUAUUGAAACAAAUCAAAAAAAAGGCCAUUCCCAUUUUUGAAGCAAAGUUUCCUGGUGCAACAGCCGUCUUUGCCUUCAAUAAUAGUACAAAUCAUGCGGCUUUUGCAGAUGAUGCCCUUGUAGUACAAAAAAUGAACAAAGGGCCCAGAGAAAAGCAAAGCGUAAUGCGACCAACAACUUUUAUUGAUGUUAAUGGUCGACAGAGGGCACAAGAAAUGGUAUUUGAAGAGGAUUACCCUAAUCCGAAUUUGAGAGAAAAGCCGAAAGGAAUAAAGAAGAUAUUAGAGGAAAGAGGACUUUUUAAAGAGGAAUUAAAUUUAGAUUGUUUAAUGUGUAAAAAAAAGAAUGAUUCAGAAAGAAUGGAUUGUUGCUUGAGGAAAAUUAUGGCCUCUCAACCAGAUUUUGUUAUCCAAAAGUCCACCAUUGUCGAAUUAAUCGAAGGUGCCGACCAUAUCUGCAUUUUCUAUCUGAAGUUCUACUGCGAACUUAAUUUUAUCGAAAUGUAUUGGGGGGCGGCUAAAAGAUAUGCAAGAAAUCACUGUGAUUACACAUGGACCGGCUUGCAAGAAGCUGUUCCAGAAGCACUUAAUUCGGUAGAUAUCGUUACGAUUAGAAAAUUCACUCGCAAAUCAUGGAGAUAUAUGGAGUUGUAUCAUGGGGAAUUGAUAGGAAAGUUGGCAGAAUAUGCAUGUAAAAAAUUUAAAUUGCAUAGAAGAGUUCCUGAAAAUGAAUUGGCUUCAUUUGUUCAAGAAAAUAGAGAACGUGCAAUUAAUUAA